ACCGGACUGUGAAAUAUGUUAGGUUGGGCCGAUCCAGACCUAACCGCUAGUAUUUUGAAGACACUUCCAGAAAUUACGUCAAGUUUGAAAAAAAGGAUAGUCUCGUCCCUACAAAACAACACAACAAUCGUCGCAGUACUUACAGCAUUAAUUGAUCCAUCAAAGUUUUCCCCAGAAAGAGUGAAACUGGGUUUUGGGUUUGUUUAUUUGCAUUACAAAACAAAGAUGAGUGAAGUUGGAGUGGAAAGAAAGAGAACAGUAAAGCUCUUCUGCCCAUCUUUAUCAAAGAUAAUCCAUGUGAUUGCAAGUGAUGAGCAGAAACUGGACCUAGGUUCUAUUGCUCGAGCUUUCGGGCUCGACCCUGCAACAAUCAAGCUUAACGGUCACUUUAUAAGCAGAGGGGUUGAUCUUAUAGCUUCUUCCGUUACGUGGAAGUCUCUACUUUCUUUCUUCUCUGCUCGUGGGCUCUCCACAGGGACUAAUGAUUCUGAUGCCCUUGUUGUUGAUGGUAAACUUACCAAAAUUGGGUCUAAAAGAGUACAUGACCCAACAGAUUCUGGAAAUACAAGGACGGCUAAUGCUGAGGAAUGCUGCUAUGAUGGAAUCAAGAAAAAGCAAGAGCUUGAAUGUAACACCUGGCUCGGUAACAAACGGUUCAGGGGGACGAAUUCAGGAUCAGUACAUGCGAUAAAUCAAACUAAUGCCAUGGGUGUGAAGAGAAAAUUGGGUAUAGAUGAUGCUAAUCUUAUAAAGAGAUCGAGAUUGAAUGUAACUAUUUCAGGGUUCCAGGCAACAGAAGGUAGCCUUUCAACAACAUUACCGAACAGCAAAUUUUCGUGCAGUUACAUCAAUAAAAACAUGAAAAGAAUGAGCCAUGACGAGGCAAUCGUUGUUCCUUUCAAGAAGUUAUGAUAACUGUUUAUGGGCAUUUCUCCGAUGUACUUUAGGAGCCUGUCUUUCCACUCGUGUGUACAGAGUAAAAACCAAAUGCACCUUAGGAUGAUGCAGUUCACAUUAGCAUUAAUCGAUGUUAGGCUGUGUAUGAAAUGAGCCUAGAAGAAGAGCAGAAGACAAUUGCUGUUGUAAACUACCGAUCUUGUUUAGUUCGACUAGAAACUUUUCAAUUCUACAUUUUUACCCGAUA